AUUGUCCCGCGGUUUUUGGUACUGUUCGCACGUACUCCUUUCUUCUGCUUUCGCUUGUACCAUUCCUUGGCACGAUCUCGGUAUUCGUUCAAUACCACGAGAUUGCCAACGAAAUAAAUCUGGUUACGUUCGAUCCUCGCCUUCUGAUUUGUCUGGCACGUGUUUCUGGGUAGCGGUGUUCACAGUUAAUCUCAACUCGACGCCACGCUACAAUUGGUGAUCCCAAAGUUUGGAACACGCCUCAACCUCGGGUCAAAUCUUCCAAAGAAGUCAAUUUGGUGAGUCUAUUAUUUAUCUAUCCACGUCUGUCGUAUAUUUUCAUAUUAAUUUUUAAUAUAUAAUAUACACGACAUGACGGAUAGCGAUAAGAAUACUAUUAAUGUUAUAGACUCAGACGUAGGCUGCAGCUAAUCGAUACUUCGUCGAACAGCAAAUUCAUGGGCUGUAAAGCCCACAUGAACGCGUACCGGAUCCUCGGCACUUUUUACUCGCGUGACGAUAAAUUCCACGCUUUAUUCGAGAAAUUCCCCGUACUCACUAAACCACUCGAGGAGCUUCCAUCGGUGACCAAUCGUGUGGUACACCACAUAGUCACCCGCGGACCGCCAGUCACGGCACGACCUCGCCGACUGGCACCGGACAAAUUAGCUUUUGCUAAGCGUGAGUUUGACAAUUUACUAGCUACUGGUAUUAUUCGUCCUUCUCACAGUCCAUGGGCCUCUCCUCUACACAUGGUGCGCAAAAAGAUGGGGUUAGUUGGAGACCAUGCGGCGACUACCGAGCUUUAAACGUAGUUACGCGCUUUGAUAGCUACCCCAUCCCCCACAUACACGACAUCACGGCAUCGCUCAAGGGCACGACUAUCUUUUCUAAGAUCGAUCUGGUACGAGCAUAUCAUCAGAUCCCAGUCGCUCUUGAAGAUAUCGAAAAGACUGCUAUCACGACUCCUUUCGGUUUGUUUGAGUUCCUACGAAUGCCAUUUGGAUUACGGAAUGCUGCUCAAACUUUUCAAAGGUUUAUCGAUAGCAUUGUACGAGACCUCGAUUUUGUUCACGUCUAUAUUGAUGACCUGCUAAUCGCAUCAUCAAACGUAGAUGAACAUUAUCAACAUCUUACGCUAUUAUUCCAACGCCUUUCAGAUAACGGAAUAGUAGUUAACCCAGACAAAUGCGAGUUAGGUAAACGAGAAAUCAUAUUUCUGGGUCAUGUUAUCAAGCAAGAGGGUAUUCUACCUUGUGAGGACAAAGUGCAAGCAAUAAAGGAGUACAACGUGCCGUCCUCACUCAAGGAACUGAAGGCUUUUCUCGGUUUGGUUAACUUCUACCGUCGUUUCAUCCCACACGCGGCAGAACGGUUACGACCACUAACCGACUUACUACGCGGCAACCCACGCAGAUUGGAAAUGAACGAUUCUGCACGUACUGCAUUCACUGAAAUCAAAACGGCUCUUGCGCAAGCCACUCUUCUCGCCCAUCACGAUCCAUCAGCCACACUUAGUAUAGCGGUUGAUGCAUCCGAUGUUGCUAUAGGAGCAGUCAUGCAACAAAACAUCUCCGGUAGUUGGCAACCUCUCGAGUUUUCUCACGACGCCUUACUGCCACGGAGACGAGAUAUAGCGCUUUUGGUCGCGAGCUGCUAGCAGCCUACUGCGCCAUCAAACAUUUUCGGCACGCAGUAGAAGGACGUCAAUUCAUUUUAUUCACCGACCAUAAGCCCUUGACGUAUGCUUUGCAUACCAAGUCUGACCGCUACUCACCACGAGAGUGCAGACAUUUGGACUAUAUCUCCCAGUUCACGACAGACCUUCGUCACAUCCAAGGCAAGUCGAACUGUGUUGCCGAUGCUCUAUCACGAAUCCAAAUGAAUGCAGUUACCCUGCCGGUGCUCGAUCUUCCUGCUAUGGCCUCCGCCCAAGCAAACGAUCCCAGCUGUACAAAAGCACCACACUCUACGUCCCUUCAGUAUCAGGAAGUACCUCUAGCCACGACUUCUGGCACCAUUCUAUGUGAUACUUCUACCGGUUUUCCUCGACCCAUCGUACCCUCUGCUUAUCGCCGUCUCGUUUUCGAGGCCCUGCAUGGAUUAUCUCACCCAGGUAUCGCAGCUACAUUACGCCUCAUCGCUGCACGAUACGUCUGGCCGUCCAUGAAUAAAGAUGUUCGUAUGUGGGCUAAGCAAUGCUUACAAUGUCAACGAUCAAAGUGCACAGGCACGUAGCCGCCCCCUCGGUACAUUCGCUACGCCUGAUGCUCGCUUCGAUCAUGUUCACUUAGACACUGUAGGACCACUGCCACCAUCGCACGGGUAUGAUCACAUACUCACGUGCAUCGACCACUUCACCAGAUGGCCCGAAGCUACACCCAUCACGUCUAUCACGGCGGAGACAGUUGCUCACCGCUUCGUAGAACGAUGGAUAGCUCUAUAUGGUUGUCCCUCGACUGUCACGACUGACCGAGGACAACAAUUUGAGUCCGCACUAUUCUCCUCACUUACUCGGCUGCUUGGUACGGAACGAAUACGCACUACCGCCUACCAUCCAGCUUCAAACGGUUUAGUUGAAAGGUUUCACCGGCAACUUAAAAGUGCUCUUCGAGCACACGAAAACGACGACUGGUACGAAACCUUACCGCUCGUUCUUUUAGGUAUCAGAACGAGUUUAAAGGCAGAUAUCCAAUGUUCCGCCGCUGAACUUGUAUACGGCACGACAUUGCGUCUGCCCGGGAAUUCUUCACACCACGGAGCAGACCUAAUUUCGCUAAAUCAGACUACGUCCAACGACUGUCUGCAUUUAUGCGAACGCUGCCUCCGGUGUCAACUCGAAUACAACAUCGACAGGUCGCUCUCCCUCGAGAGUUAUCUACCUGUUCACAUGUUUUCAUACGAGUAGAUUCGGUACGCAAACCUUUGCAACAAUCUUACGAAGGCCCUUUUUCGCGUGAUCGCUCGUCACGAAAAGACCUUCAAGGUUGAUCGACACGGCCGCGUCGAGAUCGUCAGCAUUGAUCGUCUCAAACCAGCACACGUCGAUGACAGUGCCCUAUCUGAUAACCUGAGACUCAAUGCUAGACCUAUCAAACCUACUAGCGGGAUCCUCAACCCAUCUUCAGGUCCCACGCUAGAUACAUCUGAGACCUCAUUCUCACGUCCCAGUCAGCAGCACGCGUCAUCUGCAACGUCUACGGACGAGACGACAGUCUCACGUCCAGAUCAGCAGACCACGCCGCCCUUGACUUCGGAUGAGAUUGAAGGCUCACGCGACGCGAACGGGACUAUCGUCUCACGUUCCGGUCGCCGAGUACGGUUACCCGUACGCUUCCGCGAAUAGUCGCACAGUCAACAACCGAUACGGUGUAGGAUUAUUCUAUACUACACGUAUGCCACACUCUUCUUUUUUUGAUUUUCUUUUUGUUUCCUGAGCCCACGCCUUCGACCAUCUCCGCUUGGUUCCGUCGACUUCAGUCAACUUUGGCGAAAGCUGGCCUGAUCACCCAUGCUCUUGUCAACGCACUCAGUCGAUAUAUUGGUUUCGAAUGCUUGGCACACGCUUGGUCUCGAACUUGGUCGUUACGGUCGCUUCUGGUCUUUUGGCUCAACGUGGUUUCGUCCUACGUCUGCAGCGUUUCUGGUGAGCACCUCUACGAACGCAAUCUUCAGAUUCUGGAUACAAACCACUCUCGUGUAGCAUACCAACUCAAGCAAUAACUACAACACAUCGCUCCUGGUACCGUACUCCGAAAACGACCUUCGUUGGCAACUCGACGAUCAACGAUCGCUUUCCUGUUCGCCAAUUCUUUCGUCCUACAAUCGCUCGUCAGCCGAUCAGUCCCACGAUUCAAACCGCUUUUUAUCGAAAGUGUAAACCCUUUCUAGCGGGGGCUCCUGUAGUGACUCACGUUUAUCACGGGAACACGACUGGUUUAAUAAAAACAAUUAUUAUUAUAACCAACUGUACCAGUGUUUGUUUUAAUGUGCUUUUGUUUAACUGUGCUAAUUAUAGCCAUUUUGUGCUUCCAUUACCUUCCAUCAUUGUUCCGCGGUUUUUGGUACUGUUCGCACGUACUCCUUUCUUCUGCUUUCGCUUGUACCAUUCCUUGGCACGAUCUCGGUAUUCGUUCAAUACCACGAGAUCGCCAACGAAAUAAAUCUGGUUACGUUCGA